UGAUUUAACAUCUACUUUUUCCCAUUCCAGACAUAAUUAUCAUUUAUCUUUUCCAUGGCUACUCCUCAAACUGUUUAUAGUUAUGAUGUUUAUCUAAGUUUUAGAGGUGAAGACACGCGUAAGAAUUUUACAGAUCAUCUCUAUACAGCCAUGAAGCAGGCAAGAAUCCGAACAUUCCGGGAUGAUGAUGCGAUGGACAGAGGAAAAUUGCUGAAACCAGAGCUAAAGAAAGCCAUCAACAAGUCUGCAAUUUCACUCAUCGUCUUCUCAGAAAGCUAUGCAUCCUCCAAGUGGUGUCUGGAUGAGGUUUUGAUGAUCAUUGAAGAACAAAAGACUUCCUCCUCUAAGCAUGACGUCGUACCUGUGUUCUAUAAGGUGGACCCAUCUGAUGUUCGAAAUCAAAGAGGUAGCUUUAAAAAGGCAUUUGAUGGGUAUGAAGAUAUAAUCAAGGCGGAAACAGACUUUCACAAGAAGAGAGAAUGGUUGGGGAAGGUGGGGGCAUGGCGGGAUUCUCUUAGAAAAGCUGCAACCUUCACCGGAAUGGUUUCUACAGAUGGGUAUGAGGCCAGAUUCAUAAUUGACAUUGUGAAUGUUAUAAGAAAGAAGCUGGACUACAAGGCCCUGUACAUUGAGGACAAACUAGUGGGAAUAAAGGACGAUGUUGCUGAGAUUGAAUCAUGGUUACAAGAUCCAUCACCGAAUGCAGCCAUCCUUCUGAUUAAUGGUAUGGGAGGCAUUGGGAAAACAACCAUAGCCAAAUGCAUAUAUAACUCAAACUUCCAUAACUAUGAUGGCAGUUGCUUUCUGGCAAAUAUUAAUGAGACUUCAAAUCAACCGGGUGGACUAAUUCGCUUGCAAAUUCAGCUUCUUUCCACAAUUUUAAAGAGAGAAAAGGAAGAAACCAUAUGGAAUGUUGAUGAAGGAACCAUUAAGAUUACAGAUGCCUUAUGCAACAACGUGGUGCUUAUAAUCCUUGAUGAUGUUACAACAUUGCAACAGAUAGAUGCAUUACUAGGACCACAAUGGUUUUACCCUGGAAGUAAAGUGAUCAUAACAACUAGGCACAAGUGGUUGUUGACUGCUUUCAAAGAUCAUCUUAAGGUUAAGGUCCAGUCUGUUAGAACAUUAUCUACAGUUGAUGCCAUCGAGCUUUUUAGUUUGUAUGCCUUUCAUCAAAAUCAACCUAUGGAACCCCAUAUUGUCCAUACAGAACGAUUGGUCCAUCACUGCAUGGGUCUUCCUUUGGCUCUUAAAGUAUUGGGUUCUUCCUUACGUGGAAAUACAAAUGAUGUAUGGGAAAAUAAGAUGUGCAAACUGGAAGCAAUUCCUAAUCCUGAGAUUCAGAAAGUUCUACAAAUAAGCUAUGAAACUUUGGAAGAUGACAAGGAUAAAGAUUUAUUCUUGCAUGUUGCUUGUUUCUUUGAGGGUGAGGAAAAAGACUACAUUGUCAAGAUAUUGGCCCCAUGUGAUGUAUACCCUGUGGUUGGGAUCAGGAAUCUAACGGAUAGAUGUCUAUUGUAUGUUGAAUAUGGGAGAGUGAAGAUGCAUCAGUUAAUCAAGGAGAUGGGACGAGAAAUUGUUCGCCAGGAAUCACCAAAGGAUCCUGGAAAAAGAAGUAGACUCUGGCAUCAUGACGACUGUUUCAAUGUGUUGCAAGACCAUGCCGGUACAAAAGAAAUAGAAGGACUCAUGCUUAAUAUGCAAAAGAUUGAGGAAGCUGAAUCAACUUCAUCCACAACGAUGAAUCCAGAGACACGUGGCUUUGAAGAAUAUGAUCAUGGCAAAAAAGUACAUGGAAAUAAGGCAAAUUUCGAAAUUGGUGCGCUGGAAAAAAUGAAGAACCUAAUGCUACUUCAACUAAACCAUGUAACAUUUUAUGGGAAAUGCAAUAAGUUGCCAAAAAAGUUACGAUUGCUGAGUUGGCAUGGAUUUUCUCUAAAAGCUAUACCAGGUGAUCAUAGUUCUUUAGAGAAGUUGGUUGUUCUUGACAUGAGUUACAGCAAAUUAAAGUGCGUUUGGGAUGACUUCAAGUUUAUCGGAUCCUUAAAAAUCCUUAAUCUUAGCUAUUGCAUUGAGCUAAUCGAGACCCCUGAUUUCCGUGGACUCCCUGGUCUGGAGAGUUUGAUCCUGAAAGGUUGUUUGAGUUUAAUGAAGGUUGGUGAAUCGAUUGCAUACCUUAAAGAACUAGUCUUGUUAGAUCUAACCAACUGUAGAAGCUUAAGAGAUUUCCCAUGCUUACCUAGCUCUCUUGUAUCACUUCAAAUGUCUGGUUGCCCAAACCUUGAUGUUCUUGGACGGAUUCAAUGCUUGGAUUCAGUUUCAUCAUUUUCUUUUUUGGAUGAUAUGGAUGUCUCAAAUUGCAAUCUCUUUGACAAUUGUUUCCCAAAUGACUGGAGUAGUCUGGUUUCGCUCUGGUCUUUGAAUAUAGAUGGCAACAAUGUAACUUCUUUACCAAAAUGUAUUCAAACCCUACCUAGAAUUACAAGGCUUCAUGCUGGGGAUUGCUCAAAAAUCAAAUCAGUUAUAGGUCUCCCGAAAACCAUCAAUGUAUUGUAUAUCAGCAACAAUAAGUCCUUGGAAAAAGUACAGCCUGGACAGAAUUCGAGUAUCGUAGUGUACUGCCCCAACUGCCCGAAAUUGUGUGACAUGGAGGGUCGUUAUAUGGUUCAAUCAAUAGACAAAGUCGAGACAAAAAUCAUACGAUAUCUGGGGUUGACAUUAGAUGCUUGUGAAGGAAUGAAGUUGGGUCUUCAGGUGUUACAUGAGUUUGGUAUAUUCAGCACAUUUGUUCCAGAAAAACAAAUCCCUUCCUGCUUUAUGUAUAAAGAACGAGGCCCACAAAUCUCAUUUAGAGUUCCUUGGCAUCAAAAUAGUUCGACAAUAAUUGGGUUUAAUAUGUGUGUCGUGCUUUCUCGAUUAAGAGGAUAUGAUUAUGCUUAUAUGAAUACUCAAGUAUAUAAUAAGACCAAGAAACUUCGGUUGACAUACAUGGCUAGGAAUAAAAAAAUCCGUAAGCAUAUGGAGCACAUCGCAUGGCUAAGCGUUUGGAGGUGUGGUAAUUUGCUGGAGCCAGGAGAUGAAAUUGUUAUAAGCAUCACUACAGGAAAAGCACAUCAAUUUUAUAUCAACCUUUUAUAUGAAGAUGAUGAACAAGUUGAGGAGGAUCAUCAUGUCGAUGCAUCUCAUCAGAUUUUGUGGACCGAUAGAAUGGAUAAAGAUAUAUCCAAUUAUGUUUGUGGUGAUAUGACACGUGUGUUCCAAAGCGAUAACUGAUGACUAUCAAGUGUAACUAGCAUGAAAAUGAUUGAUGGAAGAAAUAGUAGCUUACUUUUGUUAAUUAGUUUGCUUUCGCAUCCUACUUUCAUUUCUUUUUAUUAAUUUUAUUUAAAAAUGUUGCAAUCACAAUCUUUGUAGCC